UUGGGAGAAACCUAUCCAGCCAGCCAUGUUCCGUGCAGGGCGGUAGUCUGCAUUCCGAGCUCCCCGAAGGCGCCUGUGGAUGGUGAUUUGUUCCGCGUCCACCAUGCUGUGCAAGGGAUUUCUCCUAGAAGAGUGCGCAAGCACGUCACAUGCGAACCAGUAUCAAUAGUCGCCCAUGUGCCAAGGGGGGCUUUCCAGUCAUUGGGAUUGUCUGAACCUUUGACCUGGUCUGUACCAUUUCUACUGGAUCAAUAAGGUGAUUCAGUCAGAAUGCUUCAGCACCGGAUGUGGUAUGCCGGACUAUCAGACGCAGGGUGUUUCAUCCACGGGACCAUCGGGGCAUGAGUUUGGGAAUGACCUAGGUCACUUCUACUUCGAAUCUGGUCAAGGAGGGAAGGAUCCGAUAAAUGACCGGGGCUUCUCACCCUUUGGACGACGAGAAAGGCCAUUGUCACUGUUGAUUUUACGUAUCAGUUACUCGGAUCUGUAAGUCGCCAUUGGCUCAAAUAAUGUUCUCAUGGGGGUUACUAUGAACGACUCGGUGACUUGGGCUCGAACAGAGUUCCAGUGCCUUGGACUUGGCUUCGGGGAGGAUCAUCAGUGGCUGAGAGUUCUAGAAAGAGGGUUCUUUGUGUGAAAGUCGGUACUAAAUAGACAGGUUGGACAGACAGACCCCAUAUCUGGACUAGUGGUACCGCAAACAUUUUUGGAUGAGGCAGAACAAGAGUCCAC